AUGGAACCCACUACAAAGCAAACAAUCCAUUCCGCGCUUGGAGAGUUGACCGAAAGCAACACGCAACCUGAAGUUUUCCCCGUAAUGCACACCAAGAGUCAGGCUCAAAUGAAGAAGCCGUUGGAGGUACCAUCGUGGGGCAUGAAGUUGCAAUCGCGAACCUAUGGCAGCGAAAAUGCCGCCAAUGUUGGCAUAUCCCGUUUAGGAAGUUCGAUUAGUGGUCCUUUUAAGCCAGCGUCAAGUGUCCGUGGAAGUACUAUGACCAAUUACGACCAGAUUUAUGACAGUCGGUAUUCUCGUUUUGAUCCGCGCGAUACGCAAAAUCAAAUACGCGAACUUUUGGAGAGUAUUCCGGAUGAGGUUGACGAUUGCGCCCUCACUGAGGGAACGCCUCCCGAAAUGACCAUUAGCCUAAUGAGGCAUCAAAUGCAGGGUUUAAACUGGAUGAAAGAUCGCGAAGAGGGAAAGAAGAACGGUGGCAUACUAGCUGAUAUGGGUCUAGGAAAGACGAUUCAAACGCUUGCUUUGAUUUUGUCAAGCAAACCGAACCAGGAAAGGAAAAUGACGCUAAUUGUUGCUCCCUUGUCACUCAUUCGUCAAUGGGACAAUGAAAUUACCAGUAAAACUAAAAAAGACUCGCUGUCUGUGUACCUACAUCAUGGUCCGGCAAAAACGAAAGAUUCAAGAAAAUUGGCGAAGUAUGAUGUAGUUAUUACAACUUAUCAAGUGGUUGGUAGUGAAUGGCCUGCUCCGCCGAAAUCUAAGGGAAAGAAGAAAGACGAAGAUAAUUCCGCUAGUUUGAAAGAUGCUGGACCCUUGUUUAAGGCCAAGUGGCAUCGUAUUGUUUUGGAUGAGGCUCAAUACAUAAAGAAUAGAAAUACCUUAGCGGCUCAAGGCUGUUAUGCACUGGAUGGGCUAAAAAGAUGGUGCUUGACGGGAACUCCGAUUCAGAACAAUCUAGAUGAGCUGUAUAGUCUUUUUCGGUUUUUGAGGAUAGAGCCGCUUAACGAUUACGACACUUUCAAAAAGACAAUAAUGCAACCAAUACAACGCACCAAGAAUACGUUUAUCGACGGUAAACCAUUGCUUACACUUCCUGAACGAAAUGUUGAGAAUAUAGUCAUCCAGUUUUCCCCCGAGGAGCGCGAAUUUUAUCAAUCGCUUGCAAACCGGACGCAGUUGACACUAAAUCGAUAUGUCAAAGAAGGCACACUUAAUAACAAUUAUACCAAUAUCCUUGUUUUGUUAUUAAGGUUACGUCAGGCUUGUAAUCAUCCGAAUCUUGUUUCAAAAGAAGUUGCCGGAAAGGACACAAACGAUAAAUCUGUAUCAAAGUCAGAUGAAUUCCGAGACCAAGAAAUAAACGAUCUUGCUAAGCUGAUGACAAGCAUGGCCGUUGGCAAUUCGUCAGAAUGCUGUGCGAUUUGCCUCAACCGACUAAAUCCAUCUGAACAAGUACAUUGUGCAAAAUGCACCAUAGAGAUUGUGCGGAAGGCGACCACGCAUGACGGCUUUGUGUCGUCAGCGAAAAUUGAUAAAAUGAUAGAGAUACUGUCUACAACCCGGCUUAAGAAUCCUCGGGCAAAGACGAUCAUAUUUUCCCAGUUCGCCAGCAUGUUAGAUUUAAUCGAACACCCAUUAACCAGGGCCGGCUUUGAAUUUGUAAGAUAUGAUGGAAGCAUGCCUGAAAAGAAGCGUAGCAACAACCUCAAUCUUUUGCGAGAACAAGAUAAUAUCACUGUACUUUUGCUUUCUCUCAAAUGUGGAUCACUUGGUCUCAAUUUGACGUGUGCAAAUUAUGUUAUUCUUUUGGAUGUAUGGUGGAAUCCUGCUGUUGAGAAUCAGGCAAUUGACCGGGUACACAGAAUUGGUCAAAUGUCCGCGGUCUAUGUCAGCAAAAUAACAGUUGCGGAUACAGUUGAAGAUCGUAUAAUGAUGUUGCAACAGAAAAAGAAAGAAUUGGCGGAUGGCGUCUUGGAAAACAAGGUCGUUAAGG